AUGACCGAGAUGAUCGUGCUGUGCAAACGAAUGAGAUCCUUGAAAUACCUCGGCCGAUACAAUUACGGGCUGUGGACGAUCGAGCCGAGUAUCCUGAGCAUCAUCGGAUAUACCGUGGUCAUUCCCGUAGUUUCCGCACUCGGGAUAAUCGGCAACUCCCUGAUCCUCGCGGUCCACUUGAAAGCGAAGACAUACCUGAAAGGGUCGGCAUACACGUAUCUGGCAGUGCUCGCGAUCUCGGAUCUGAUCAACUGCAUCCUCCUCGUCUUCUCCAGUCUGGCCAGGGGCAUUUUUCGUUGCUACAAGGGAUGGCUGGAAUUCGACGCGUUCGUUCACUUUCCGAUCGGCUCCGUCACCUCGAACAUCAUGGUCUGGGCCGCGUUAGGCGUGAGCAUCGACAGACUGAUAAUAGUCUGUAGCAUGCCGCGAUGCAAAUCACCCAAAUUCUGUAGGCGGGAGGUGGCGCGCAAGCUGAUGAUCAUCGCCACCUGCUUCGCCAUUUUGAUCAACAUACCGUACUGCUUCAUGUACAAGUACAACGACCGCGGCGAGCUGGUGACGACCAGCUUCUUUCACUCGCGGUGGUUCUACCUUCAGAAUUGGCUUCAAUUCGUAGUAUUCGGCCUGAUACCGGCCGCAUUUCUGCUCAUCGCGAACGCCAUUAUGAUAUACUCCGUGAGGAGGAUCCUCAAGCAGAGGGAGAUACUGUUGAGGCGCAAAAACGUACGCGAGGGGAAUCGUCUUUGGGAUCAAGCCCGACUAACGAUCAUGCUGGUCGGUAUCGUAUUUCUGUUCCUCGUGGGCGAGCUGCCAACUCAUUUGGCGUCACGUCGCAGCGCCGUGUCUCUGCUUUACGGUGGUGAUCCCUCCAAAGUUCAGGAGGACUUCAUGGAAAGCUUUCGCAUGUGGGCGACUCUUCUCAACGCGCUAGCGAGCUCGACGAAUUUCAUACUGUAUUGUGUGCUGAGUCCACGCUUUUUCGUGCAUUUAAAAACCAUGCUAGUUCCGGAGCACGUUUUAAAAAGAAGAUAUGCUAGGAGAGGACCGAUCGCUUACUUCCACCAGCAGCCAGGCGGCAGAACGAGAUAUGAAAUAUUUGUAUUGUAA